GACCAAGGAACAGGCCCAUCAGGCCUCUCUUCUGAGAUAUAUAUAUCUUUCCGCCGCAGCCACGCUCACUAUCGCAGCUAGGGUUUUCGGCUCUCCGAUCUCGCGCCGCCGCCAGGACUCUCAGAAGGGCGGAGAGGAGGAAGCUACAGAUCGGCAGCCAUGGUGAACGUUCCAAAAACCAAGAAAACCUACUGCAAGAACAAGGAGUGCAGGAAGCACACCCUGCACAAGGUUACCCAAUACAAGAAAGGAAAGGAUAGCCUCUCAGCUCAAGGGAAGCGUCGUUAUGACCGCAAACAAUCAGGAUAUGGUGGUCAGACAAAGCCUGUUUUCCACAAGAAGGCCAAGACAACAAAAAAGAUUGUGCUGAAGUUGCAGUGCCAGAGCUGCAAGCACUACUCUCAGCACCCGAUCAAGAGGUGCAAGCACUUUGAGAUUGGUGGCGACAAGAAGGGCAAGGGAACCUCUCUCUUCUAAGCUGAUGAUAAACUUGUUCUUUGCCCCCAAGUUGUCUGCCCGAAGUUACCAUUAGGAAUGUUCUAUGUUAUCCAUAUAGUGAGAUACAUCGAUGGCAACCCUUAUGCUUUGUAUCUGCAUCAGCUGUUCUGUUGGAUAAAUUUGGUACGAUAUUUGUAUGAGACCAGAUGAUGAAUAUGUUUUAUGCUGCAAGUUCUUAGCCAGCAUUGAUCGGGUUCUCUUACAGUGGUUAA